GGGAGGGGGGCAGCCCAUUCUCAGUCACGUGACACGGACGGGGCAAGAUGGCGGAGUCUGGGGCAGGAGGAGUGGAGUUCGCGAUGGAGCCGAGCUGCGCAGACCUCGGAGGCGGCGGCGGCGGCAGCAGCCCAUCUAAUGGCAAGACUGAAAACACACGAUAUCUGCACAAUCCAUCAACCCGCAUGAGGGUAGCUGGCUUGUUGACGCUAAUCAAUGCGGGGCUGGAUCAUUACGCGCUCUCGCCUGUGACAUUGAGAGCUGACGCAACCCCCCGUCCCUACUUCCCUCCUCACGCAUCUCUUGCCCCUCCUCCGCACACCGGGUCCCCUCGGGCGUCUCCCGCGCUGACAGCGCGACGGAGCGGCCGAGCCUGCUGCGCCGCACGUUCACGGCGGCCGGGUACAGCGGCUGCCUGCUGCGCGGGCUGGCGGCGUUGCGCGACAACGGGCAUCUCCUGGACGUGACGCUGCUGGUGGAGAACGCGUCGUUCCGCGUGCACCGCGCCGUGCUCGCCGCCUGCAGCGACUACUUCAGGGCCAUGUUCACGGGCGGCAUGCGCGAGGCGAGCCAGCGCGAGAUCGAGCUGCAGGGGCUGUCGGCGCGCGGGCUGCAGCACAUCCUGGACUUCGCCUACUGCGGCGAGGUGACGCUGGACAUGGAGUGCGUGGAGGACGUACUGGGCGCCGCAGUCUUCCUGCAGAUGGCGCCCGUCGUGGGGCUCUGCGAGGACUUCCUCAAGUCGGCGAUGAGCGUGGAGACGUGCCUUGGCGUGGGCCAGAUGGCGACAGCGUUCAGCCUCGCCUCGCUCAAGGAGUCGGUCGACGCGUUCACCUUCACGCACUUCCUGCAGAUCGCCGCCGAAGAUGACUUCCUGCAUUUGCCGCUCGACCGCCUCGUCUUCUUCCUGAGGAGCAACCGGCUGCAGUGCUGCUCCGAGGUGGAUCUUUUCCAAGCGGCGAUUCGCUGGCUCCGGCACAGCGAGGGGCGGCGGCGCGUGGCGCCCGAUGUCCUCGCCCACGUGCGCUUUCCGCUCAUGAGCUCGGUGCAGCUUGUCGAUCACGUGCAGCCCGUGGACAUCAUGAUGGAGGACCCCACUUGCCGCAGCUUCCUACUCGAGGCCUUCAACUUCCAGGUGCUGCCCUUCAGACAGCACGAGAUGCAGAGCCCGCGCACAGCCAUCCGCUCGGACCACGUCUCGCUGCUCACCCUGGGCGGGACGCCCUACAUCGACCUGGACCGCUCAGUGAGCACCAAGGUCCACUUCCUCCCAGACAGCUCCUCCCGACACUUCAAGGAGCUCUCAGAGAUGGCGGUGGGCUGCAGCCACCCGUGCGUGGCCGUGCUCGACAACUUUGUGUUUGUGGUCGGGGGGCAGCAGGUGCAGUACCGCAGCGGUGAGGGCGCCGUCAGCGACUGCUUCCGCUACGACCCGCACCUCGGCAAGUGGCUGCGCCUGCAGCCCAUGCAGGACGCCCGAAUACAAUUCCACCUGGGGGCGGUCGACGGCGCCCUGUACGCCGUGGGCGGGCGCAACCGCACGGGCAGCCUGGCGUCUGUGGAGCGCUACUCACCCAAGGACAACCGCUGGCUGUACGUGAGCGCGCUGAAGCGGCGCACGUGGGGCCACGCGGGCGCCACGCUGGGCGGGCGACUCUACGUGGCGGGCGGCUACGGCAUCCCGGGCGAGGACAGGCGCGCGCUCCAGUACUACGAGCCGUCGCGCGACGCCUGGGAGUUCCGCGCCCCCAUGAGCGAGGCGCGUGUGCUGCACUGCAUGGCGGCGGCAUGGGGACGCUUGUACGCGCUGGGGGGGCGCGCCGACCAGGUGGAGCGCUGCUACGACGUGCUGGCGGCAGAGUGCUACGUGCCGGAGGCCGACCAGUGGACGGCCGUGACGCCCAUGCGGACGGGCCAGUCGGAGGCCGGCUGCGCCCUGCUGGGGGACCGCAUAUACGUGGUGGGCGGAUACAACUGGCGGCUCAACAACGUGACGAGCCUGGUGCAGGUGUACAACGUCGAGACGGACGAGUGGGAGAGGGACUUGCACUUCCCGGCGUCGUUUGCCGGAGUGGGCUGCGCUGCUGCCAUCUUGCCGCAGCACGAGUUUGCGGGCGACGACGCUUAGAGGCCAAGCCUGGUGGGGUAAUGCGCGGGGGGUGGCGACAAGGCUGGCAGCGACGCAUGAGGAUGAAGAGUGUUGAAACAAAACUUUACACGACUCUGUGUGGGCAAGUCGUUAAAACUGUGAUGUGGUGAUUUAAAAUCAACCUUUUUUUUGGAAUGUAAGACAUUACGUUUACUGACUGGAAAUAGCUAACUGUUACGUUUUAUUUUGUAAGAAAAUAGGUUAAGUCAAUUUCCUCGGUUCAUUCCAUUUGUAUCAAAUGGUUAUCUUGGUGGUUAUGUCACUUUUAAUAACUGAAUCCAAACACUGUUUGCUUGAGGUACAAUCCCAAAACCAAAGCUUCCCUUGCCGAUAUACACAACUACUCACCGCUACAGUAACAUGAAUAAUAAGUGCUUUAAAAAUGUUGGCAUAAAAUGCGCUUAAUGACAAGGGUUCCACAUAAGCACCCAUUGGCAUAUUGCCUACAAAGUAUGAAUUCACUGGCAGUUCAACUGUACCCAGCAGCAUUGAAAUUAUUAUUGAACCAGCAAUGCAUGUGUAAAUAUACAUCAAUUGUAAUUAUGAUUAAUACAAACUGGUGGGUUGAAUCCUUACAUGCCUUAGUCUUUUGUUUUCGAUGUGAAGGGGGCAGUCCAGUGGAGUACAAGGGCAUUGGAAGGUGGGUGUUCUCCCCAAGAGGGAGCUCGCACAAGCUGGCAGCAGACGAGUCUGCAUGUGAGCAUGAGCACACCCUUACUGUUCUGUCCAUGCCUUGACUGCAGACACUGCACAGCAUGAAGUUCAAAGAGGUUUGUUGUGCAUGUGUACUGCAUUUUCAGGCUUUUUGAAAUGAUUGUUGGUUUUGUACAGUUGUAUAAAUGGUUUUGAAUUCAAUUAAAGCAAUAAAACAA